UCUUCGCUGGGUGAGGUAUGUUGUGAUUGCAGUCCAGCUCGAGCGUGCGUGGGUCUCUGUCAUGACAAGGGGCGCUCUUUCGCAGCUUUCGCGCUCUGGGAAUACAAGCCUUUUUGGAAAAAAUAACUAAUCCUGUCUUUACGCUUCUGUAACACUGGUCUCUGUCCUGCUAGAAUCAAAUUAUUGACAACGAAACAAGAUAGCCAAAACGAAAGAAAAAGGUUGUGGAUGUCUUCACUCGAGGUGGCGAUCCUAACCAGCUAGUGCCAAUCAUCUAUCCGUCUCAGCUGGCUGAAUCUCUGCAGUCAAAUUUGUCGAAAGUUAAGUCGCGGCGGCGCUCACAGCUGGGGAUCCGGAGCACUCCAGCUGUUUUGGCAGAUAAGCCGCUGCCUGCCCGACUGGCUUCCUGCCGCUCGUCAGUCGAACGGGACUCGCACUGUCACCGUUAUUCACGCGGGACGGGCAGGUUUCUACUGCGAUGGAAUCCCCGUCGCCAACCAUCGCCUAAUCCCCUGUCCCAGAGAGUGAGAUGGCGAGAGUCCAAAUCAACAGAACAGCUCCUUCUCCUGCUACACAGAUAGUGACGGAAGUUUGCUGAGGAUUGCAAAACUAAUCGUGAAAAAAUCUGAGGGGGGUUUCAACCCCCGGCUCUCCCCCAACUGCACAACACCCUCCGUACUUAUCGGAUCGGACCCUCUGAAUUCUUCACCUCUGUUGGGAGGAACCAAAGAUCGACUGGGCCAUUUGACGGUGUAACCAAUAACCAUCCAUCUGUACUGAUACAGGAAGUGGUGGUGUGCCUGCUGUUGGCCAUGCUGUUCUGGUGAGGUGUGGUAAACCCCUGCCAACAUGAGGCUGGUGCCCGGGUCGCCUCGGCCCCUCCCCCUUCUGGCAGUGGUCCUGGCUCUAGUCCUCACAGCACUCUUACCUCACCUGGCCAUUGGAGUCACACCCUUCCCCCAGGACCUGGUGCCAAUCAGCACUGGGGGGAGAGAACACUCCUACCUGUACCCAAGCUUCCAGGGCCUCAUGUCGGACAACGAUACAGUACGACUGGGCCUGGACUUCCAGAGGAUGCUCCGGAUCAACCACAUGCUCUACAUCGCAGCCAGGGAUCAUGUGUUUGCUAUCAGUCUCAGUGCCUCCUCUGAGCAGAUCGUCCCACAACAGAAAUUGACUUGGAAGACAAAGGACGUGGAUAAAUGCACAGUGCGGGGGAAGAACAGCGAUGAGUGCUACAACUACAUCAAAGUUCUGGUUCCACGCAACGACGAGACGCUAUUUGCCUGCGGUACCAACGCCUUUAACCCCACCUGCCGCAACUACAAGAUGUCUACACUGGAACAGGACGGUGAGGAGGUGGUGGGUCAGGCCCGCUGUCCCUUUGAGUCUCGCCAAUCCAACGUCGGCCUCUUCGCUGGUGGCGAUUUCUACUCGGCCACCAUGACAGACUUCCUGGCGAGUGAUGCGGUAAUUUACCGUAGUCUGGGAGAGAGCAGCCCGGUGCUUCGUACCGUGAAGUACGACUCCAAAUGGCUACGAGAGCCUCAUUUCCUCCAUGCCAUUGAGUACGGGAACUAUGUGUACUUCUUCUUCAGUGAGAUUGCUGUGGAGUACACCACACUUGGCAAGGUUGUGUUCUCCAGAGUGGCUCGUGUAUGUAAGAACGACAACGGAGGUUCUCCCAGGGUUCUAGAGCGUUACUGGACAUCGUUCCUCAAAGCGCGGCUCAACUGCUCGGUGCCGGGCGAUUCCUUCUUCUACUUUGACGUUCUGCAGUCGCUGACCAACGUGCUGCAGAUCAAUCUCAGACCAGCCGUGCUGGGGGUCUUCACUACACAGGCCAACAGCAUCACAGGCUCAGCAGUAUGUGCAUUCUACAUGGACGACAUUGAGAAGGCUUUCAACGGGAAGUUCAAGGAGCAGAGGAACAGUGAGUCAGCCUGGACACCCGUGCCUGAGGAGCAGGUACCCAAACCCAGACCAGGCUGCUGUGCCGGCGACGGCUCUGCUGCUGCCUACAAGUCGUCCACGACCUUCCCCGACGACACCCUGACCUUCAUCAAGAACCACCCCCUGAUGGACGAGGCGGUUCCCUCCGUCAACCACCGGCCCUACUUCACACGCACAACCAGCAGGUUCAAGUUGACCCAGCUAGCAGUGGAUACGUCAGCUGGGCCCUAUAAGAACCACACGGUGCUGUUCCUGGGGAGCGAGGACGGCAGGGUACUGAAGAUCCUGGCCAGCACCCAUCUCAACGCCUCCUUCAGCACACAGCUACUGGAGGACAUCGAUGUCUACAACCCCACCAAAUGUAAUGUCCGCGGAGAGGACCGACGGGUUCUGGGAUUGGAGCUGGACAGGGAACAUCACGCUCUGUUUGUGGCCUUCUCCAGCUGUGUGGUCCGAGUACCUCUGAGCCGCUGCAACGACUACGGCUCCUGCAAGAAGAGCUGUCUGUCCUCGAGGGACCCUUACUGCGUGUGGCAGAGGACUGGGAGCUGUGUCACAGUGGUGCCCGGAUUCAGGGGCGGAUUUGAGCAGGAUGUGGAGAACGGCUACCCUCACUACCCAGACAGCUGCCAUGACGUCCUGGCGACCACACGCAAGCAAAACACUCUUGCUGAUUCAGCAUAUGGGAAGACCACACCCACAACAACCGCCAGCACAACCAAUCAGGUGGCCCCAUUCCCUAAGGUGGCAGGUGACUCUGAAAGAGGUACAGGUCCUGAUGGCGGUCCUCCAGUCCCAGUUGGGGACCAGGGGUCACCUGACUCGGAACCAAUCAGUGUGGAGAUGGAGGGUGUCCGACGGCCUCCCGAGAUGGAGAAGACCAACCACAGUGUCCACUACACCCUGCUGAUUGCCUGUGUGCUGGUGGCCUUUGUCCUUGGAGCCUUCCUCUCAGGCUUUCUGGUCUCCUGCUACUGCAACCACACCGGCCACAAGACCAAGAGGCUGGCCAAGGACCCGGAGGCCCCCAUUCCUCAUGCACUGUCCCUACGCAGCCUGGCCAAGCUCAAUGGCCUGCUGGAAUGCCAGAACAAGGAGGAUAAGAUGGAGGUGUCCUCGCCCAAGCUCUACAACUCCUUCUUCCAGAACGGGAAGGAGCAUCAUCAAGGAGCACCCAGACGGAACGGUGGUCACCACCCAGGGAUGUCCAUGGGAGACCAGGUCCACCCCCAUCACCUACACCACUCUUCGGAGCUCUCGGGUCUGCCCACCCCAGACUCCACCCCUGAACUGCCCAUCAAGAACAUGAAGGCUUUCAAGAACCAGUGGGAGAAGAACCAGAACUGCAACAAUGCCAAGGAGCCCAAGUCCCACAACAUGGGACAAGGCUCCAGGCCCAGCUCAGGCCAGCUCCACCAGCAGAUCUACCCCUACUCUCACAGUUUCUCCAAUGGGCAAACUCUGGCCAAUGGGCAUGCCUUGGUCGGUGGACCUCAGCACCUGGAGGAACGCAAGAUCCACAAUACUGAGCGCAUGUUGGUCCAGCAGCCUUACCCCUGCUACCCGCAGAAGGUGAUGGAGGUCACGUCACUGGACGAACUGCUCAAACACAUCCACGAGGCCAACGCCAGCAAGAACGCCCAGGUCAUGACCUCAUCCGGCCUGUCAGCCAGCGGCGGGUGCCAUGGGGGUCAACUAGCCUUUGCCAACCGUGUCCAGCCGCACAUCCCCGAGACGGAGUCUGCGCCUUACUACAGCUCUUCCACCCUGCCCCGAGACAGCCUGACCCGCCGCAUGGACGUACCUCCGGACAUGCCCCCUCACCACCAGUCCACCCUGGAGCGGAGGCACUCUUCCCAGAGACACUCACUGAUUACCGCUGCCACUAAGAUUGCCAACGGAGGGGGUGGUGGAGGGAUGGUCCACCGACAGCAAAGCUUCAGCCAGCGUAACGGCCACCAGCACCAACCGCCCCCUAUGCUGGCUCGAAUGAACUCCACCGGCAGCGCCUGCGAGAUCCACUACCCGCUCAUCCCCAACGGGUACCUGACACGCCAGCAGAGCUACAACGGAGAGAAACAGGAGGAUACCGGAGGAUACCUCCACCGGGGGGCCAUAGUCCGCCGGACCACCUCCCUCAAACCCGACGUCCCUCCCAAACCCCUCUUCAUCCCUGCCUCCUCUCCCGUCAACCAACAGGGAAACUUCAACUACUGAGGAGAAAGAGGAGAGGAGAACAGGGCAAGAGUGACUGUGCCUCGUCCUCUCCUCUCAAUGGGUGAAAAGUGAAAGACCUUUAUGAGAAGACGUGCCCUGGAUUAUGUGGCAGCCAUUCUUGCUGUCGACAAACCUCAAACAAACUUGUUAUUUCCCCUUUAUGUCCAAUGCAUAUCUUUGUACCAUAUUGGUAUUGCUCAGCUACUUGCUUAUAGAAGGUGAGGGACUGGGGUUGGUGAAACGCGACCCCCUUAAAUUAUGCUGCCAAUGUCCUCAGUGUGGAUUUACCAUGCAACUUAGUUGUGGAAGGGUUUGCCAUCAAACAUCGGACAGCUUAAGAUUGAAUCUAGAGCUUCUUGUGAUGCCUAUGAAACUUGCUUUUGCUUACCUUUUUCUUAUGUAGUGUUGACAAAAAGUCCUGAUCCCCCUAACGUGUUUCUAUAUAUGCAUGUGUGUGUAUAUAUAUGUGUGUUUUUAUAUCUACACCGUAUAUGUAUACAUAUACAUAUGCAGUAUAUGUAUCCUGUGGAGCGACAUCAACAAAACUCCUUUAAAGGUAGCUCUGUCUUUUUGCCUUACUUUGAAACUGAACCCAUUAUGUUGAAAUACAUUACUGGUUGGUGUUUGGCAUCUCAAAUAUAAGUUCUGAGGCAAGGCCUCGCCUGCCCCGGUUUCAGCAUGGUUAGUAUGUGGACUAGGGGAAUAAGUAAUCAUUUACCAUAUUAACACGUUCAUGGUGAAUGUACUACUCACAUUCAAAAAGAGAGCCAAGAUGGUGGAUACUGACAAGCAAAGGAAACUACUCAAAGCAACUAUGCUAGGCGUUUCUCUUUUUUGGAAAAUGGAGACCCUACUAUCCUGCCAAGGCCUGAGAAACAGAUGAAAGGCAUUAAUACAGCGGGUCUAUGAAGUAGGGUCUACUACAAUUCCUAAAGAAUGUUUUUAUCACAUUGGUGCUUAGUUGAUCCUCAUGAAUUCUAAUAUAAUUAUCAUGUAUCACAGAGGACCAGACACUCAACCCCCAAAGAAUCAGGAUCAAGAUCAGAUCAUCCGCCCCCAAAAGACACUCAACAUGGUACAUGGUACUCUUAACAUGGUACAGACUGCAGUUAUUCUAAUUAUUAACUUUGUGGCUAUUGGUUGUAAAUAAAGGAAUGAUACUAGCCAAAUGUUAAUUGUAUGUGUAAAUGUGUGCCUUAUUUAAUAUAGUAUGUGGUAUGGGGUAGGGGUAAAUGCAAGGCGCCAAGAUGCUAUAUAAUAGGUGUUCGAUGAUUUUUUUUUUUUUAUGGUUGUCGGAAUGUGUCAUAUCUAUUGUAGAUUUGUAUUUCUAACUAGGGUUUUUGAUAUCCCUGAACUGUGAGCCUGCCAGCACUGGCAUAGUGACUACCACAGCUUGAGGCUGCAUCUUUUUUGUUUGCCUCCUUUUCAUGUGUUUUCACUGGGUUAGCUGUUUCUCUGAUUGCUAACUUUACCUUUUGAUUGUUUGUAGCAUAGCAGGCUACUCAAUAGAUUAAAAUGGGGGACAUCAGUCCCUCAGAUGUUAAGAUUUUUCGGGCUCUCUGAUACUCCCUACAUGUCACUUGGUCUCAACACCACAGGUACACCACAGGUACACCACAGGUACACCACAGGUACACCACAGGUACACCACAGGUACACCACAGGUACACCACAGGUAGCGGAAAAGAUCCGAAGGGUGGGAUUUGGUGGGUUUUUUUGUCUGAUCAGAAGAUGUUGAGUUUGUUUUAGGUAGAAAUGGAAUGGACUCCCUGAUACGAUGAGCGUAGACCGGAAGGGAUCGGAAGUGUCUGCUGAGCGUUCUCCUCAGGGAGAGAGAGGGAAAGCAGUCAGAUCGGCCUCAGAAAUACCACUCCCUCUGGAACUCUGUUGUUGCACUUUCUGGGCUACUUCAUGGUUGCUGGAUUCAUGGUCAAUUAUUUGAGAGAAAAAAAAGCACUUACUGUAUCUGAAAAUAGUAUUUAUGCCCUAGAUUCCUGAAGCUGGUCUGACCCCAAGUUUACCCUUCACACUUGAAUUCACCUUGGGGCUGACCGAUCGAUACAUGAGCCUAAACUACAACAUUUGUUAUAGAUGGGUACUUUCUUGCGUUUUAGGUAAACUAGUUGUUUGGAUGCAACACACACAUAAGUAGAAUCCUCACAGACCUUAUGGAUCACUCCCAUUACACAUGAAACCAGUAUUUGAUUUUGAAUGUGACCAUAUCUCAUAACAGGAAAAGGGCAGCUACAGUACUUAUUGGUGAGUUGAAGUGAAGUUUAUUUGAGUUUGCGUUGACAUUGUAUGGGAAAGGGAAUGGUCUAUUUUACUUUUACUAGCUAUCAGUAUUGCACAGAGUGUAAAUACAUUCUCUUGGGGGGGGGGAUUCAUAAUGUUUUCAUUCUUUGGGCUCUUAUGAAUUUGGUUUCACAGAAUACCAUUGUAUGUCUCUUAUAAUAGAAAUAAACGAAAAUACAUUGCAAGUGUGUCACUGA